CACCACACCUGGGCCUGCAACGCAUAGCCUGAAGUUCAGAGACCGGCGGGGUGGAAGUCCCGCCCCUUCCUCCAGCUCAGGGCAUUCUGGGAGCAGCAGCGCAGUCCUCUCCUGGAAGGUUUCCUUCCGUCUCUCCGAGCCAGACCCCGACACGCAGCGCCGCCCGUGGCGCGGGUCUUGGCAUUCUCCAGCGGUGCUGGCGGGCGGGGAGGCCCGGGAAGUCGGCGGGCCCCUGGACGGAGACGGUCGCCGCGGCCGUUGGCCAACACCCGAGGACUACAACUCCCGGCCUGCGUCGCGCAUCGGCCACCUCCCCGAGCUUCCGUCCUGGCGGUGCCGCGCGGCCCUGUGGGAGCGGUAGUCCGCUCGCGCGAUUCACAGCGCCGCGUGCGCCCCGGGCGCGCCGUAGCCACGGGGCCCCGGCCGGGCGCUACGCUACGGAGGCGGCGUAGGGCGGGCGCCGGACGCGGGCCGGGUCGGGGCCGGGCCGGCCGCGCGGUUGCUCCGCCGCUCAGCGCGGGAGGCCGGCGGCAGAAGUUGUGGAUCGGCCGGCGCCGGCGAGCAGGCCUGGGGCCGCGCCGUCCGGGCCGCGGGGACUGAGGAGGCGUCGCCAGGUUGCGGAGCCCGGCCGCCCUGUCUCCGGCGUGGGCGCUGUCCUCCCUCCAUGCUCCACCUCACCCGCUGCCGGCCGCGUGUGACCAGGCCCGGGUCUCAGCGCGGCCGCCACCGCGGGGGCCAUGGGGAGCUCCGCCUCCUCGCUGGCCACCGAGACCGAGUCGGACCACGGCUUCCCCGGGGGACCGCCUUACCCUGGGCCCCCUGCAGCAGCCGGCUGGUGUAGGAGCAGCCCCGGGGGGCCUGUCUGGGGUGGUGCCCUGGUCACCCGGCAGCACCCGUCCCCGCGUCCCCGGGCCCGAAGCCACACGCACUCUCCUGGGUCCAUGGCCGCGAUUGGGGAGUGGUCCUGUGCACGCUGCACCUUCCUGAACCCAGCCGGACAGCGCCAGUGCUCCAUCUGUGAGGCCCCCCGGCACAAGCCUGACCUCGACCACAUCCUCCGGCUCAGCGUGGAGGAGCAGAAAUGGCCCUGCGCCCGCUGCACAUUCCGGAACUUCCUGGGCAAGGAGACCUGCGAGGUGUGCGGCUUUGCCCCAGAGCCUGUGCCUGGCACGUCCCUGCUGCCCAUCAUCAAUGGGGUCCUGGCGGAGCCCAGGGGCAGCUGCAAGGAGGAAGCCGGCCCCGUGCGGACGGUGGGGCUGGCGGCCUCAGAGCCAGCUCGGGGGCGGCCUGAGGAGGAGGAGGAGGAGGAGGAGGAGGAGGAGGAAGAGGAGUUAGAGGAGGAGGAGCAGGAGAGGGCAGCAGAGCCUGGGAGUGGCUGGGCCUGCCAGCGAUGCACACUGCACAACACGCCCGUGGCCAGCUCCUGCUCGGCCUGCGGAGGCCCCCGGAAACUCUCGCUGCCCAGAAUCCCUCCCGAGGCCCUGGUGGUCCCCGAAAUCGUGGCCCCCGCCGGCUUCCACGUCAUACCUGCCCCACCCCAGCCCGGGGAAGGCGCCGAAGCUGACCCUCCCUCUGCCACCGACCAGGAGCCCCCCCGGGCGCCGUCCUUCAGUCCUUUCUCGCCCACCCUGCAGAACAACCCUGUGCCUCGCAGCCGCCGCGAGGUUCCCCCCCAGCUGCAGCCACUGGUGCCUGAGGCCACCCAGCCCUCACCCACUGCCGGCUCCAAGGGGCCCCCCCAGGGCCCAGGGCGGACCGCAGCCGGGGCCUCCCGCUUGGCAGAGCUGCUGUCAAGCAAAAGGCUGAGCAUGCUGGAGGAGGAGGCCACUGAGGGUGGCCCCGCGCCGCACCGGUGUGGCUCCUGCUCUGUGCCCGGCCCCGCGAGCCCUGCGCGCUGCGAGGCCUGCGGUGCUGUGCCGGGCAGCGACGUCAUUGACCUGGCUGGGGACACUGUGCGCUACAAGCCAGCCAGCCCCUCCAGCCCCGACUUCACCACCUGGUCGUGCGCCAAGUGCACGCUUCGGAACCCCACGGCAGCCCCCAGAUGCACUGCGUGCGGCUGCUCCAAGCUGCAUGGCUUCCAGGAGCACGGUGAGCCCCCCACCCGCUGCCCCAACUGCAGCGCCGAGAAGUCCGGUCCCUGCUCAGCCCACAAGGCCAGCUGCCCGGUUCUCGUGGGGCCGCCCGAGCGCCCAGGCCAGUGGGCCUGCCCUGCCUGCACUCUGCUCAACACACCCAGGGCCAAGCACUGUGCCGCCUGUCACACGCCCCAGCUCCUGGUGGCCCAGCGCCGGGGCGUCGCGCCCCUGAGGCGCAGGGAGAGCAUGCACGUGGAGAAGCGGCGGCAGACCGAUGAGGGCGAGGCCAAGGCCCUCUGGGAAAACAUCGUGGCCUUCUGCCGGGAGAACAGUGUGAACUUCGUGGAUGACAGCUUCCCCCCUGGGCCCAAGUCUGUGGGCUUCCCCGCGGGUGACAGCGUCCAGCAGCGUGUGCGGCAGUGGCUGCGGCCCCACGAGAUCAACUGCUCCGUCUCCAGGGACCACAACGCCUCGUGGUCCGUCUUCCACACUCUCCGGCCCUCGGACAUCCUGCAGGGGCUGCUGGGGAACUGCUGGUUCCUGAGCGCUCUGGCCGUGCUGGCCGAGCGGCCUGACCUGGUCGAGCGGGUGAUGGUCACACGCAGCCUGUGUGCGGAGGGCGCCUACCAGGUGCGGCUCUGCAAGGACGGCACGUGGACGACAGUGCUGGUGGACGACAUGCUGCCCUGCGACGAGGCCGGCUUCCUCCUCUUCUCCCAGGCUCAGCGGAAGCAGCUGUGGGUGGCGCUCAUCGAGAAGGCGCUGGCCAAGCUGCACGGCUCCUACUUCGCCCUCCAGGCGGGGCGCGCCAUCGAAGGCCUGGCCACGCUCACCGGUGCCCCCUGUGAGAGCCUGGCGCUGCAGGUCAGCUCCACUAACCCCCGCGAGGAGCCCGUUGACACUGACCUCAUCUGGGCCAAAAUGCUGAGUUCUAAGGAGGCUGGGUUCCUCAUGGGUGCCUCCUGUGGUGGGGGUAACAUGAAGGUGGACGAUGCCGCGUACGAGAGCCUGGGCCUGCGUCCCCGCCACGCCUACUCCAUUCUAGAUGUCCGGGACGUCCAGGGCUCCAGGCUCCUGCGUCUCCGGAACCCGUGGGGCCGCUUCUCCUGGAACGGCAGCUGGUCAGAUGAGUGGCCGCACUGGCCAGGGCACCUGCGCAGCGAGCUCAUGCCACAUGGGAGCAGCGAAGGCGUCUUCUGGAUGGAGUACAGCGACUUCAUCAGGUACUUCGACUCCGUGGACAUCUGCAAGGUGCACUCGGACUGGCAGGAGGCGCGUGUGCAGGGCUGCUUCCCCAGCUCUGCCAGCGGGCCCGUGGGGGUGACUGCUCUCACAGUGCUGGAGCGCGCGUCCCUGGAGUUUGCCCUCUUCCAGGAGGGCAGCAGGCGGGCCGACUCGGGGGACAGCCACUUGCUGGACCUGUGCGUGUUGGUGUUCCGCGCGUCCUUCGGCAGCGGUGGCCGCCUGAGCCUGGGCCGCCUGCUGGCCCACAGCAAGCGCGCGGUCAAGAAGUUUGUCAACUGCGACGUGAUGCUGGAGCCCGGCGAGUACGCUGUGGUGUGCUGUGCCUUCAACCACUGGAGCCCCGCCACGCCGGGACCCCCAGCCGGCUCGCAGGCCUCCAGCCCCUCGGCGGGAGUCCCGCGCUGCGCCCCGCAGCCGCCCGGCCACGUGCUGGCCGUGUACAGCUCCAGGCUGGUCAUGGUGGAGCCCGUGGAGGCCCAGCCGACCACGCUGGCCGACGCCAUCAUUCUGCUCACGGAGAGCCGGGGCGAGCGGCACGAGGGACGCGAGGGCAUGACCUGCUACUACCUGACGCACGGCUGGGCAGGGCUCAUCGUGGUGGUGGAGAACCGGCAUCCCAAGUCCUACUUGCACGUGCAGUGUGACUGCUCCGACAGCUUCAACGUGGUGUCCACGCGCGGCAGCCUGCGCACCCAGGACAGCGUGCCCCCCCUGCACAGGCAGGUCCUGGUGAUCCUGUCCCAGCUGGAGGGCAACGCAGGCUUCUCCAUCACCCACCGCCUGGCACACCGCAAAGCCGCCCAGGCUUUCCUCAGUGACUGGACGGCCUCCAGGGGCACCCACAGCCCCCCUCUCACGCCGGAAGUCGCUGGCCUGCAUGGCCCCCGGCCUCUGUGACCACCCCACCUUCCCAGCCCCCACGUGCACUUUAUGAGGGAGACCCCAACAGAGGCCGCUUGAACCAGAAUCUCAGGACCCCGCCCAGGGAGCCACUAGCUGCAGUAGCUUCCCCUCGGCCUUCCUCCCUGCCCCUUCCUCCUGCCCAGGGCCUCCCAGCCACCAAGCAGAAUACCUCGAACCUGCCUCUGGCACAAGGGGCCUGUACGCCGGCCCCUCUGACCGGCCACCUCCAGGUCGGGUUCAGACUGCCAGGGCCAAACCAAGGUGAGGCUUCUCUUCCCUGGGGGCCUGGGGCCUCCUGCCUGGGUGAGGCAGCCAGGGGCCCUGUUCCUAGAACCAGAUCUGGGCAGGUCACAAGCCAGGACCCCAGGGUGAGAGCAGGGAUCGCUCCCGUGUAGGGGUCAGAGACUGGGACUCCAGGCUGAGCAGGGACCACCCUCCUCUGUGGGGGUGAGGACAGGGACCACCCCUCAUGGGACAUGAGAUCAGGAGCCUUCUCGCCUCAGCUUACCCCCAGAGCACAUUUCCCUGCCCUCCAGCCCCCACGAGGCAAGCAGGGGUCCUUGGAGUCCCAGCAGUGUGUCCCGGGAGGCAGGUGCCUGGCGACCGUGGGCUCAGGGCUAGGGAUGGGGGAGGUCCCAGCUGCCCCCCUGGCGACACUAUGCAAUUCCUGGAGCGCCUGCCAGGAUCGAAGCCAUGCCCCGGGGGCUGGAGGUCAGGGCCUCCCGGUCAGGGUCCGGCCAGGCCCAGGUCCCGCCCUGCUGUUUGGUGUCCGCAUCCCUGGCAGGCUCCCUGUCUAGGCACAUGUAGGGCCCGGCGGCCCCUCCCUGCUCCUCCCCCACCUCAGAAGCCCAGGGAGCUGAGCCGCCGCUUGGCCACCCGGCCGUCCUCCCUUGAGGUUGCUGUCAGGCCAGAGAGCUGCAGUUGCCCGCAGACAUCUGAGGCCAGCUUCCUGGGGGCCCCACCCGGCCUCGGUGUCCUGCAGCUCCCAGUCAGCGGGCAGCCCUGGGGGCCUUUUACACCUGGAGAAACACCGGGAGGCAGUCCACUCCCCUUUUACUCUGAGCUGUGAAUAUUUUUAACCCUGUAUAUAUGGCCAGCUCUUCUGACACAGAGACUAUUUUACCAAUUGUCAGUCCCCAUCCCUGUAGGAUGGCUCUCCAUGGGUGUUUCCAGACUCAGGCUCCAAUGGACCAAAUAAAAAUGUUUUGUUUUGUAA